AAAGUGAAUUUAGGAAUGCCCGGUUUUAUUUUUGGAACGGAUAGCGCAUAUAUGAAACUGCCAAAAGCCAAAGGCGCCAUAUUGCUUGCUUGUGUUUGGUUUGCUGUUGCGGCGCGUGGUCAAUUAUAUCGUCUCUAAUUUAUAACCAUGUCUGAUAAUCAGGAACAAAAACCCGAUUCCGGCCCAGGAGACGCGAAUUCAGAAUACAUCAAACUCAAAGUAGUUGGAAAUGACAGCAAUGAAAUUCACUUUAGGGUAAAAAUGACUACUCAAAUGGGAAAAUUAAAGAAAUCCUACAGUGAUCGCGUGGGUGUUCCCAUGACAAGUCUCAGGUUUCUUUUCGAUGGCAAAAGAAUUAAUGAUGAUGAAACGCCAAAGCAGUUGGAGAUGGAAAACGACGAUGUCAUUGAAGUUUAUCAAGAGCAAACAGGUGGUUACUACUGAAUAGAAGUUAAUGGAGGUGCCAUGCAAUUUGGUUUUCAUAUUUUUUUUUACUAAAAAAAAAAAAAAAAAAAAAAAAAAAAAAAACAAAAAAAAAAGUGAAAGUGAACAAACGGACAAGAUUUAAAUCAUGUUCAUGUGUUAACAAAAUCAUGUUGUAUAAUUUGACAUCUACGUAACAAUCUGGACGUGCUGGUUUACAUUCCCAUUAACAGUAAGACAAGUUUCUUGAUUAAUAACAAAAGAAACUGUUUAUUAUUUUUUUUUUUUUCUUUUCUUUUUAACUUAUUUUCUUCGAUAAUAUAUAUAUAUGUAUAUGCUUAAAUACCGACAAUAUUAAAUAAUUUUUGUAACAAAAUUUCUAGAAAAAAAAAGAAACAAUAUGCUAUAUAA